UGGAUCCGAGCCCUUCCUUUUCUGCAGGACGGACAGUGGCUACACCUACGGCGACCAGCUACCAUUGCCGUGCCAAGAUCUACAUGACGAUAGCAAUUCACGGUACAGAAGAUUUUGAACAGUGAAAUAAUCACAAUGUCGUUCAGGUGUUUAGGCGGACGAGAGAUCUGUAAUUUAUCAAGGUCGUACUCUGGAUAUCAGGUUACCACGCAGGAGCUAUUGCAAUGUGAAUCAAGCACAAUGUUGAUGAGGUCGAUGAGCGAACUGCAAAAAAACACAAUUAGAAUUAGUAUGUAUCUGCAACAUUUAAUAUGUGAAGGUAUAUACAAUAGGAAAGAUGGCUGGUGUAGUAAUGAGGUUUGAAUAAGCAAGCCAUGGAAAUGUGUUAGCCAAAAAUUAUCUAUUGGGGUAUUCGAUCCAGCAAGUUCCCCGUAGGGCCCAUAUGAGUCAACCUUGCUUUACAAUUUAAAUAGAUGUGCUGCAGUAUAGCUAUGCAAAUAUGUUAGCCAAAAGAAUAUUGGGAUAUUUGAUCAAGCAUCAUGCGUGCAUGGUUCCACAUGAGUCUACCCUACUUUACAAUCUAAACAAAUUUGUUGCAGUGUCGUUUGCGGCAAGCAAGCUAAGUAGCAAAUAUGAUAACCCAAAAAAAUCAGUUGGACAUUCGAUCGAGCAACCUCCGUGCAUGGUCCACACUAGCCAACCUUUCUUCCAUAACCGUUAAUGGAGAUCCCCAUGGUGAAGGUCGUACACCGCAAUAGUGCAUCCGCGCUAAGUAGAGCAGCGCGAGCGGAUGGAUGUGGCAGAAGAAUGGGUGGGGAGGCGGGGGAUCCAAAAACUAUAGGAAGCCAGCACCGACGGGCACCGCGUCUGCGCGAUUACGCAAGAGAUGACAAUGUUAGUGCGAAGUGGAGAACUGCGAUGCUUCAACUGAUGCAACCCUUUUGGAGGUUGGAGCUCGCCGCAUGCGUGCUGGCCUCUAUGCUUCAUCACGGAAGUGAAGAGGCGGAUGGGGAGAUGAAACGGAAGGGGCCUACUUGCUGUGCCGUCAUACAGAUGUUCAGAACACGGAAGCGAAGUGACGACGCAUGGGAGCUAGGGGUGUGGGCGAGCACCGGCUUCAGGCACGUGUCGUCGGCGAGGGACAGUCGCGUGAACAUAUAUUCCAGGGCAUUCAUCCUCUCCGCGUCCAUCUACUCUGUGGCGGCGGCGCCCGCGGAGGAUCGUCCUUGUCCGGCAAAGCCGCCACCUCGGUCUCGAACGCCGGUAAGGUGGUAGUAGCACCCUCGUAGGGGAGACGGGGAGGGAGAGGAGGCGGCGUGGGCAAGCGUGGGGGAGAGGCGGGUGGUGGUGAGGAGAGCGCGAGGAGAGAAAUUUGGAGUGGGAGGAAGCGCCUGGAAGAAUCCG